GGUAUCUGUAAUAUUGAAUAUGUAUGUAGAGUCAGAGGACAUUUGAAGUUCCGUUACAAACUCCAAUGAGCAAGUUCCGUUUGUGCAUUGUCGUGGUAAUCAGAUUUGAGUGCUGGUUAGCCAAUGAUAUGGCAUAUACCGGAGAACAAGUCAGCGGCCAGCUGCAGGUUACCAACCGCUGUUUCACAUACAUGGAUAGCACUCGUUGGCAGCGCCGAUAAUACAUGAAAGCCAGAAGAAGCCAGAAGAAGCCUGCAUUGGGCUGCCUUGAAGCCUUAUCAUUCACAGUAGCCUCAUAUUCAACUCUUCCUCUUUCUUCUUUUACCCUCCCCAGCAAAAGAAAUUGCAAUUAUUAUCGGUCACUUUAAAGAUACCAUACGUAUCGGCCCACGAGGAUUAGCAUCAUGGCCAUAUUGCCCAACAUCAACCCGGAGGCCAUUCUCCACAACGUUAAAAACGCCGCGGCUUUUACGAAAGAGGCAUUAGAGGCAGCCGAUAUCCCAUCACACCUAGACGCAGCAAGCAAAAAGGCAAAGGAGUUUUCGUCAAAGGUGGCAGCCGAAUUCCCAUCUCAUCUAGACGCAGCAAGCGAGAAGGCGAAGGCAUUUUCGGCAAAAGCAGCAGCUGAUAUCCCAGCGCACCUAGCUGAUGCGAUCAAGGGAGCAAAGACAUUCUCAAGGCAGGAUGCAGCUGAGGCUGCAAAGCUCGCUGCUAACUGGGUGGGAGAGAACCCGGGUACCGCAUCAACGUACACGGUGAUAGCAGUGGGAUCUACCGUCGCUAUUGUGGCACCGGCUGCUCUAGCUAGCCCAGCUCUAGGAAUACUUGGUUUUGGUUCGGGCGGCCCUGUGAAAUUUAUGUUUGCACCAGUUAUACAGUCCAAAAUAAUAAAAGUCAAGGCGGCGAGACGUGCUUUUGCGGUAUUACAGAGCGCAGCGAUGAGCGGGUAUGGCGUUCCUAUCGUCAACGCCAUCGUUCGAGGUGGGGGUAUUGCUGCUGCUCUUGGAGCUGGAGGUCAUGCUGGCGCAAGGGCCUUUCAGUGUAGCCCUGGAUAUGAUCCUGAAUCACAGUCCAACCCAAACGAGGGCACCUGGACAUGUUCCAUUGCUGAUGUACCGGCAGAAACUGUUAUCAAGGAUCUUCUCAAGGAAGACGAGAAGCUCCAACUUUCUAUGACUGAGGAGGAACGCCCUAAAGAGGAGCACCCUGAGGUGGAACGAGCUUAGUCCAUACCUACCUGUUUUCCAAUCUAUGGCAAUGAAGGGGGAAACUAAUCGUAGUGUUAGGAUAAAGCAUCGGUCGAGGAUGGGGGUAUAGUAAUACGAGAGGCCAAAUUGUCAUUGUGAGGCUAGAGUUAAUGUUUCUAGGUAGUUACCCUGGGUAGUUAAUUAGGUACCCUAGGUAGGACCUGGUUGUAGGUAGACAUCAUGCAGCAGACAUUAAAGUUAGGUAUAUUAUUAGCAGUACCUCUGUAGAUCCACUUCCCCAAUCAAAAUUCGGGACGACCCGUCGACG